AUACUGAUGUCUUGUUUUCAUGCUUUUCAGGCAAUGCUGCCAACCCUUCCACAGUGCAUGAUAGCUUUGCUGAAGAUUUUGCUAGCUGCAGCUCCAACUUCAAAAGCCAAAACAGACUCAAUCAAUAUCAUGGCUGAUGUGUUGCCAGAGGAAAUGCCAAUGACAGUUGUUCAAAGUAUGAAGCUUGGUGUGGAUGUAAACAGGCAUAAGGAAGUGUUGGUGAAGGCAGUGUCUGCAACACUACUGCUGCUCCUGAAGCAUUUCAGGAUAAAUCACACAUAUCAGUUUGAGUUCAUGUCACAACACCUUGUCUUUGCCAACUGCAUCCCACUCAUCUUGAAGUUCUUCAACCAAAAUAUUAUGGCAUAUGUGCAGGCCAAGAAUACGGGAGUUCUGAACCCUGAAUCCGGCACACCCCUACAGCAGUUGUGA